AUGGAGUUUGUUGCUGGGGGUGAACUGUGGUCGAGGGUUGCACACGAGCGCGGAAACUUGAUUACAGAGGGCGAUGCCAUCAGAGUGACUCGAAACGUUCUUUCUGCUAUUGUGUACUUGCACGAACAUAACAUUGUCCACAGAGAUGUGAAGCUCGAAAACGUGUUAUGCAUCGAUCCGGAUUUGCAAAAGCCUGUGCAAGUGAAGCUUGCAGAUUUUGGGCUCUGCUCGAGGCUCUCCGGGAUGGACGAAAGCUUGAAAUCUUCGGUGGGGACAUUGCAAUAUUGGGCCCCCGAAAUCAUAAAAGAACGAAACUACGGGGCAAGUGUGGACUUGUGGGCUUGUGGAGUGUUGGUGUACAUCAGCCUUUCUUCGCAGUUUCCAUUUUCCGGGGAAGAUGAAGAGGAGUACUGUGACAGCGUUUUAAGAGAGGAAGUGGAGUUUCCUGAGGAUUUGUGGGGAAACGUGAGUGACGACGCGAAAGAGUUUAUUCGAGGUUUGUUGUCGGAAGAUCCAACCAAGAGGCUGACAGCUGAUGAGGCGUUGAAGCAUCGUUGGAUUACAGAACAUCCGUCUCUCGAGAUAGAAGAGGAAGAAGGGAGCAGGGCGCAGAGCGAGGAAGAGGAGGCUUUUGCCGUACCGAAAAGUAUCUUUGGAGGGAAGAGAAGGACACCGGCCCAGAUUUUAGCAAAGGUUCGAUCGUCACAUCAAGGGGGUUGA